UGAAUAAAUUCCUUCGUGGUUCUCACAUUCGUGAACUUAAUUCACGAUUACGAGAAUUGAUUUUUUUCUGUGUAUGACGCUUUAACCACCCUAAAGUGAUUUAGAUUUUUUUUAAUUCAAUAUAGCGGCCAAAAUGACGAUUAUAAAAUUUUGAAGAAAGGCAUUUGUUAUUUUUUAAGGCAACCUUCAAAUAUUCGAACUUUGCAUGAUCGAAGCUUCGACUAAUUGAGUCUGGAGUGUAUGCUCAAAUUUUAGCUUAGUUUGGUUUCUAAAUUCUAUUAAAUUGCGUCAUUAUCUGACACUAACACUAACAUCAGCUUUUCAAAAGUUUUAAAAAUAUUAAAUUAUUUGUUUUAUUAAAAAAAAGUUUUCAAAACAAUUUUAAAUCAGUUUUUCUCAAACAUUUAAUAACAUAAACUCAGAUUUUCUAAAAAUAAAUAAAUUGAAAAUAAACCAACCUAGCAGCCUGCUUAACCCUAACCUCAUCAUCCCUACCAACAAAAUCGUAACGCGAAUUGCGCCAAGGCCUGCUCAGUUCACACCUGGCCAUUACAAUGGAAGCACUUGGGUUGAUCCUGCAGCUCAUCGGGGCCUAUGCCCUAGCGAUUUGGACGUACGAAACGUUCCGUUCGGUCUUCGGAAUCUGCCGGGGACUCUUGCGACAGUGGCUUCGCGGCAAGGACGAUUUGGUCAAGCGUUACGGCCAGUGGGCAGUUAUCACCGGUGGAUCCGAUGGAAUAGGUCGUCAGUAUGCGUUGUUUCUUGCUGAGAGGGGGUUUAAGAUUGUUAUUGUGGCGAUUCAGGAUGAUAAGCUUGUUGGUAUAAAACGUGAACUGGAGUCCAAGUUUCAAACUGAGGUUAGAACAAUUCCGGUUGACUUUUCAAAAGGAUUUAAAGUCAAAGAUCAUAUAGAGAAACAAAUAUCUAAUUUAGAUAUUGGAAUCUUGGUCAACAACGUAGGCAUUGGCACCCGGUUCGGCGCCUACUUCGACUCGUUUCCACUAGAACUGCAUCGCAACCUUAUCAACGUGAACAUCGCAGCAGCCGUGCUGAUGAGUUACAUCGCACUGCCGGGUAUGAAACGCCGAGGUCGCGGCCUACUCAUCAACCUCAGCUCGGUGAGCGGACUCGCGCCCGUGCCGACUGUGACCGCGUACGGUGCCUCCAAGGCGUUCAUCUACAGCUUUAGUGAGGCGUUACGGUUGGAACUGGCGCCGUUCGGGGUGGAGGUGCAAACCGUAACGCCGAACGUUGUGGCGACGCGUAUGACGGAGAGCUUCUCGUUUGGAAGUUUCGGUAGCAUUCUUAGCGUUCCGGUGGAUACUUUUGGGAAGUUUUUGACGAUGACCAUUGGGAAGACUGGCUUGACUACCGGACAUUGGAAGCAUGGAAUUGCGGUAACGGUUCAAAAUAUGCUGCCAGAGAGCGUGUUAACAAAGUUGGGUCACAAGAUCGGCCUAUCAAUAUGGUGUGAAAGUAAAGCAAAGUAGAACCAACUCAUCAGAUAAGGCAACCCAGAACGGUACAUCUCCCUGCCAAGCUUAAUGUUCCGAAUAAAGUGGGUUUAAUCCAGUAACAUAUGCGCAUAAAUUUCGUGCUACAAACCCAUCAAGCGAUGUGUCCC